AUCAAUCGGGAGCGAUCCUGCAAGAAACAGCGGACGCGCGCUCCCGCGGUAUGGUGCUGCUAAACAUGGCUGCUCUCAGCAAGUCCAUACCGCACAGCUGCUAUGAGUUAGGACACACUUGGAAUCCCUCAUGUACGUUCUCCACCCUGCAGGUGACAGCCGGCGCCCUGGAGGUCUCCUUCAAGAUAUAUGCUCCUCUGUAUCUGAUUGCAGCCAUUUUAAGGAGAAGGAAAAAAGAUUAUUACAAGAAAAGGCUGCUUCCCGAGAUCCUGCAAUCCACGUCUUUCCUGACCGCAAAUGGAGGCCUCUACAUUGCGUUUUUCUGCAUUCUCCGGAAGCUGUUGGGACGUUUCUACUCCUGGUCAGCUGGGUUUGGGGCGGCACUGCCAGCCUCAUACAUCGCCAUACUAAUAGAGCGGAAAAGCAGGAGAGGACUCCUAACAAUUUACAUGGCGAACCUGGCGACGGAGACGAUUUUCCGGAUGGCUGUCACAAGGGGUCUUGUUAAGCCUAUGAAACAUGGAGAGGUUCUUCUCUUCUGCUUGACUGCAUCUCUCUUCAUGUUUUUCUUCAGAUGUAAAGAUGGACUGAAUGGCUUUGCAUUCUCUGCCUUAAAAUUUAUAGUUGGCAAGGAGGAGAUCCCAACACACCCUUGUGUGGCUGAGCAGACGUAUGGCCAGGGUUCGGAGAGAGACACGCAGCCACCGGAUGAGAGACCGGAGCACACGCCUGCCUCCAGGAGGAGCUGCAUCAGAGCGUUUACACGCAAACUCCUAGACUCUAUAUGCAAACAUGGACCCAGGCAUAGAUGUUGCAAACACUAUCAAGACAACUGCAUCUCCUACUGUGUUAAAGGUUUCAUCCGAAUGUUCAGCGUGGGUUACCUCAUUCAGUGCUGUUUGAAGGUUCCAUCAGCGUUCAGACAGGCUUUUACAAAACCCUCUCGACUGCUCUGGGUGCUCUACAACAAAGAGAACUUCCAGCUUGGGGCUUUCCUGGGAUCUUUUGUCAGUAUAUACAAGGGCACAAGCUGUUUACUGAGAUGGGUGCGUAACCUGGAUGACGAGCUCCAUGCUCUCAUAGCAGGUUUUCUUGCUGGCAUCUCGAUGUUCUUUUACAAGAGCACCUCCAUCUCCAUGUACCUCUUCUCCAAACUGGUGGAGACAAUGUAUUUCAAAGGGAUCGAGGCAGGCAGGUUUCCGUACUUCCCUCACGCUGACACCGUAAUCUAUGCCAUCUCCACUGCCAUCUGUUUUCAAGCGGCGGUUAUGGAAGUGCAAAAUCUGAGACCAUCGUACUGGAAGUUUCUACUGCGGUUGACGAAGGGCAGGUUUGCUCUGAUGAACAGAAAAGUGCUUGAUGUUUUUGGGUCCGAGGCUUCCAAACACUUUGGGGACUUCACACCUAAACUUGACCCCAGAUACGUGCUGUGUCCCAUCGACAUGGACGUGCAGCUGGGCUGACAGGCCCGUGGGUAUCUGCGAAAUAUCUUCCCAUUGACCAACAAUGACACAAAGGCACGGAAAGCUGUUGCACAUGAUCUCUCUCUUAUAUUCUCUCGCCCUGGCGCUCAUGUCAUUAAAUGUGAAGUGAAAGUGUGAAGGCAGUUAUACGUUUAUGUUGAUCUGAAACAUUUUGCAAUGUAAUUACCACAGGUAAAAUGUGAGCUCUAUGUACUGUACACACACUAUCACCAUCGGUUUGUCUGAAGAUGAUCUGUAGUUUAUGGAUAAUGAUUGCUUAUUGGAUUUUCAAGGACAGAAUGACAUAGCAGGAAUGCGUUCACGCUAACUCAGCAAUUCCUGGACUGCUUGGGAUCUGACCUGAGACCUCUUUUUCAUAGUCUGCAGCAUUAACUAAUUGGCUUAUAAAAUGUGUAAAUGCAACGUUUUCAUGUAGGAAAGUACAAAGACAGUUGGGCAUCUCAGAAGGUUACGCUGGAUUAUUUUUGGUCACUGUCAUUUUAAAUCCUACCAAAAAGGAUCAAAUCAAUAAUUAACUGUAUGCCAUAGUCAGGAUAUGCGGGUUAAGCCAUGUAAAAAGACCUUCCUGACAUCAGGGUUGUGUACGAUCUCUUCCUUGUCUUUAGUGUGUUCUGCGUUCUUGUUCAGAUAGGAAUAUAUUGAGAGCUUCUCAUAAGUUUUUAUGGAAACUUAUUAGUACAGAAUUUAACAUUUUAUUACCCACAUUUCUUGCAGAUUUAAUAGUCACAGAUGUUCUUUGAGGAGAGAAAAGCUGAUUAAACUCAUCUUAAUGGACUUUCAGAAGGAGAGCUUCUUUUUUUGUUGUUGUUUUUUAAUUAGCAAUAAUAAUUUAAAGUAAAAUCUGACAAUAUAAUCGAAGUGUUGCUGUGUAUUUGAAAUUUAAUUUAUGUAAAAAGAAAGAAACCCUUAUGUCUUAGAUGUUUGUAUAAAAGCAAAAGCUUUAGAUUAAAUAAAUUCCAAUGAAAUAA